GGCGGAGCGGGGCGGUUCGGGGCCGUUCGGGGCGGAGCGGGGCCGUUGGAGUCCCCGCCCGCCGGAUCGAGGCACGGCAACGCCCGGCGCGGCCCCUGCGCCAUGGCGGCGGUGGAUGCCGGCUUCGCCCGCUCCCCGCGGGGCGCCCUGAAGCUCGGCCGUAUGCUGGUGGCCUUCGUAGCGUUCGUGUGCUUCGUUGCCUCGAGAGCCCAUGAAGCAUACACAGCGCUUGCGAUCAUGGAAGUCAUCAUCACGUUGUUGUUCUUUCUACUGUAUUUGCUAAAACUAGACAAAAGGAUGACCUGGCUAUUCUGGCCUUUGGCUGAUAUUUUCAACUCAGUGAUAGCAGCUGUGUUCCUCCUAAUUGUGUGCCUGUUUGCAGUAAUAAUCAAGACCAACAAAGUGACACUGGCUGGAGGAGUGCUUGGUUUUAUAUUGCUUGUUCUCUGUGUUGUUGAUGCAGUUCUUCUUUUCCAGAAGAUUAGCAUUAGUGGACCAAGAGAAAGGAGUGCUCCUGCAAAAUAAGAUUACUAUUUUAGAAGUUUCUUAAUUGAUGAUUGUUUUACUGUUCUCUUUUAAAGAAUGUGUUUUCAUGUGUUCACCUUUGAAUUUCCUGUGCAUUUCUCUACAUUUUUGCAAGUAUUGUUCAUAAGUGUUAUUACAUCUAUAUAUAGUUUCAGCGUUGCAAUUUCACCAGUUUAUACGUCACAGAAAAUUGUCUUGUUUUUCUAAACUUAACUACAUCUUCAUCUGGAUGAAAAUUAAUUUCAUAAUUGUCUUUCUGUAAUAAAAAGAUUUACAAAUGGC